AUGAGCGGUAGAGGUAAAACCGGUGGCAAAACUAGAGCGAAAGCCAAGACUCGCUCAUCCAGGGCAGGAUUGCAGUUCCCCGUCGGCCGUGUUCACAGGCUUCUCCGUAAAGGCAACUACGCAGUGCGUGUCGGUGCCGGUGCUCCUGUUUAUCUGGCGGCUGUGCUCGAAUAUCUUACCGCUGAGAUCCUGGAGUUGGCUGGAAACGCCGCUCGAGACAAUAAGAAGACCCGCAUCAUUCCCCGUCACCUGCAGCUGGCAGUGCGCAAUGACGAGGAGUUGAACAAACUUCUGGGCAGAGUGACCAUCGCUCAGGGCGGCGUGCUGCCCAACAUCCAGGCCGUGUUGUUGCCCAAGAAGACCGAAAAGGCCACCAAAUCCAAAUAAACGUUUUAUUAAGA